GAGGGUGAGAUUUGUUUCUAUCUAGUUAACAAAACAAAAAUAUAGGGUAUUGAUUUAAAUUCCCCAUUUUCAACAAAUAAUGAAACAAAUUCCUUUUAAUUUUUGUAUCUUUUUUUUUUUUUUUUUAAUAUGGAGCAUGAACCAAACAGCCUUGAACCUAUUUCAUUCCCAGAUUGAUUUAAGGGACCGCACACAUCGUGGCGAUCAAGAAGCAGAAAAAAGCAAAUGAAAGUAUAAUAAACAUCAACACACAAAACGAUCCGUUCCGUUACAGGGACAUGACGAGCAACAAAAGAGUGAAUCCGUCCUUUUCAAUUUUCAAGUGAGAGAGAGAGUAAUCAGAGAGUAUGCUUAAAUCGACUACGCGUACUCCCGUAAAAGAAUUAAAGCACACCCUUAACCAAAAGCAAACCGAUACAGACAAAUUGCGAGGCUGACGGAAAUAAAGUCUGUCUAUUUGUCUAUCUCACCCUCCCAACCAAAAAAAAAAAGAAAAAAACUUUUUUUUUUUUUAAUUUUUUUUUUGACGGGACUCAAAAUCCUUCGCCCCAGGUGUGAGUAGACAAAUAAAUAAAAAUAUUUAAAUUACAUCGUCUUCCCGUUGCUUUGCUCCUUCCUUGUUUUUUUUUUCUCUUUUUUUUUUUUUUGCUUUUCUCUUUCUCACUGUCCGUUGGAACACUCUACCCCAAUAUCACCACCUCCUACUUUCUCUACCAUCUCUUUUUUUCUUUGAUUUUCUCUGAAAAAUGCAAUAGUGGAAUCACAAAGGGGAGAGAGAAGGGGAAUUUAAUUCGGGCAUGAAUCCCGUAACGGCUGAGCAAUUACCGCCGCCGCCACAACCACCGCAGCACCACCUGAAGUCCACCAGUUGCGAUCGUCAUCCCGAUGAGCAGUUCACUGGGUUCUGCCCCUCUUGUCUUUGCGAGCGUUUAGCGGUGUUAGACAAAUCAUCCGCAGCAACCGCCUCUACUGGCCGUAAAUCCGCCUCUUCUGCACUCAAAUCACUGUUUAAAUCUAGCAACGAUAGUGGGCCCGCAUUACGAGGUAGGCCGAGUUCGAGUUCUUUUUUACCGGAGCUGCGACGGACUAAGUCGUUUUCCGGGGGAAAGAACGAGGGAGGGUUUCUCGGAUUGUCCGGUGCUUUCGAGCCGCAGCGUAAGUCGUGCGACGUUCGAGGUAGGAGUACGCUUUUCUCUCUCUUCUCUCAGGAUGAUGGGAAUGGGAAUGGGAAGCGCGGUACACAAGGCCAAGGGCAUCAUCCUGUAAUAAAUGAGCCUUCGACUUCAUCCGCGGUGAUUGAAUUGAAGGCGGAGGUUGGAGAUCACGUGGUAGCCGAGGAGGAAGGAGAAGGAGAAGAACAGGAGGAAUUCCAUGAAAGCAUUGAUAAUGGGGAUGAAAUCCAGGUUAUUGAGGAGGAAAUUGUUGAGUGUAAUGAUGAUUAUGAUAAUAAUAAUAAUAAUAAUAAUAAUAAUAAUAAUAAUAAUAAUAAUAAUAAUAAUAAUAAUAAUAAUAAUAAUAACAACAGUGUGGAUAAUAAUUUGAGGGAUUACUCAUCGGGGGAGCAGGUGCUGGGUGGAAAUUUUCAUGGGCAGACGGUGGAAUUGAAGCCAAUGAAAGACCAUAUCGAUCUAGAUUCACAAAAUAAGAAGGUGGGUAGCAAAGAUUUCAAGGAAAUUGCCGGUAGUUUUUGGUCUGCGGCCUCGGUUUUUAGUAAGAAAUUGAGGUCUUGGACAAGGAAGAACAAUAAUCAGAAAAUUAAAAAGCAUAUGAGUGGGUCUCAUACUGUUCAAGUGAGUGGUAAAAAGGGCAAUGCUGGGAGGAAUUACAGAGAUACUCAGUCUGAAAUUGCUGAUUAUGGGUUUGGGAGGAGAUCUUGUGAUACUGAUCCUAGGUUUUCUCUUGAUGCUGGGAGGUUUUCUGUUGACGCCGCGACUGCUGGGAGAUUUUCCGUUGAUGCUGGUAGAGUUUCAUUUGAUGAUCUCAGGUGUUCGUUUGAUGAGCCUAGGGCUUCUUGGGAUGGUUAUUUGACUGGUAGGACUUUCCCGAGGAUGAUACCGCCUAUGGUUUCAGUGGUGGAGGAUGCACCAGUAACGGUGUUGAGGAAAGAUACUCAGAUUCCGGUAGAGGAACCGAGGAGGAGUUCUGUUUCGAUUAAUGGUGAUGACCCUUUCCCUGGUGGAGCUUCUCAGACGAAGGAUUAUUACUCUGAUUCGUCCUCACGGAGGAGGAAGAGUCUUGAUAGGUCUAGUUCUAUUAGGAAGACGGCGGCUGCUGUUGUUGCUGAAAUGGAUGAGAUGAAGAAUGACUGCACUAACAAGAUCUCCCCUCCUUGUGCAGACUAUUUAAAUGGAACCAAAGUUGUUGCUGGUUUUGGUGGUGAUAGGGAUUUUAGGGGCUUAGAUUUGUUGAAUUCUAAUUCUAAUUCGCUUAGAGAUGAUUAUUCUGAGAGCUUUGAUAUGGGAUUUAGGGAUAAUGCCUCUGUGAUAGGUAGCACCUGCGACAGAAAGGGAUCAAAGAAGUCUAGUAGAUGGAGGGCGUGGAACAUUUGGGGUUUGAUUUAUCGACGAGGCAAUAACAAAGGUGAGGAUGAUGAUAGAUACAGUAGGUCAAUACCAAAUGGGGUGGAACGAUCGUACUCGGAGUCUUGGCAUGGUGAUCCAAGGGCUGGUUUUAGUAGAAAUGUGUUUCGCAGUAAUAGCAGUGUCAGUUGGAGGAACUCGUAUAACGUAGGGGGUGCAGCAUCAAUUGGAAGCAUUAAGAAGGGUGGUAUAAUUGAUUCCAACAGUCACAACAAAAAGAAAAAGGAUGAGUUUGUAUUAGAAAGGAAUCGGAGUGCAAGGUACUCUCCAAGUCAUACUGAUAACGGGAUGUUACGUUUCUAUUUGACACCAAUGAGAGGCAGCAGAAGGGGCAGCUCAGGGAAACCAAAGCCAGCUUAUUCACAUUCCUUCGCAAGGAGUGUGUUGCGAUUCUAUUAAACCCGAAUCUCUCCAGUUUCAUCUGAUGUUCCUUUUGAUUAAUGUCUAAAUAUUUUGAAUUUGUGUACAAGCGUUGGAUCCAAACCUCUGUUUCCUUUGUGGUUGAUAUUAUAAAAGGUACCCUUGCAUUAAAGUUUUACAUUCAGCAUUCUCUGAUCAAUGAGUAAAACCUUUACAUUGUUUUCUUUCCUUUAGUAAUGUAGUUUAAUUUCCCUGAUUAAUCAUAGUAGCAGGAUUGAUAACUGAAAAGUUCCUUCCUGAAUCAUUAAUCUUA